AUGGGGAAGUCUCCCUGGCCUACACUGAAGUGUGUACACUUGUCGGUCUUUUUACCAUUUUUUGUUGUGUUUUUUUGCACUCUGAAAACUCCCAAAGGUCAGAAAAACUACUACCUGUUCACGGACGCGUUGCCAUCUGCCUGUAACUUUUGCCUGGCCAUCCAAAUUCUUGCCGUUCUGAUCGCGCCGGUGAUUGCCGUCUACCGGGUCGUCGUCAAUCUGAAGCCGGACAAAAUAAAAGUGCUACGCAUUAUUGUAACUGUUGGGGUUGUGUUGUUUGCCAUUCUCGUGCUCGUUGUGGCUGCUAUCAUAUCGGCCGGCCUAACGUCCCUGUGCAACAAGCUGAAUGAUGCGUGCCCCCUACCCAGCAAAAUAGACUGCGUCCAUUUUCAGAAACUAGGUUGGGACCCCGAUUUCGACGGAUCAGCCUUCUACGAUAUGACGAAAACUGCCGAGAGUGCAGCCUGGGUGUCGUUUGUGCUGUGGACUGCCUUAGCCGUCUGGUUCUCCGUCUUAUUUCUAAAAAGUCGCCGCCGCCCUAGCCUACGGGAAAAGAACGCUGCGGCCGGCAGCACGCCUGUCGAUGUCCCAAUCUAAACGAUCAUACCAACUUAGUGAGUGGGGCAGCCAUAUAUAGAGCCUGAAAAUGCGCCAUUUUGACUUUGAGCUUCCGGACCGCCCUCUGCUACUCUUCUGUGGGCACUUUACACACUGGGUUGCCCUUUCUCUUGCUAUACUUUUUGACAGAAUGAUUUCUAACCAUAUUCACCCCCAAGAAACAUUCAUGUUGGAAUUUUCAAUCGUGGCAUUCCACAAGAAAAUAUAAUGAAGAGAAAUCAGUUUCAGAUGGGUGAAAACGAAUUAUACCUACGACCUUUCACAUCCGGAUUUUAUACUUAGGUCUCGGCUUGUUCGAUCACGUUUGUUUUCACGUCGCGUACUUGCGUGAGAACGAAAAUUAUAACGACGCAAAGAUUUCCCUACCUGGAUUCUAGAUUUAGUCAGGCUUGCUUGAAUACAGUUCCUA